GUUAUUAGUGACCACGUUAAUAUUUAUAAUUCAAUUACAAUUUGUUCAUUAUUCCAUAUUUAGUUAAUAAAUCGGAAAAUAAAUAAAUUUAAGAAAUUCGUUUCUAUUAUCGAGAAUCAUUUGCAUAUUAUUUAUAAGUUUGAACUGUACAAGUUUGUGUUGCAUUCCCUGACAUUCCUCAAUCAAAUGGUUAACUGUGAGAGGCUUGUCACAAAUGGUGCACGAUGGUGGCUGCGAUUUUGUUAUUUUAUAACAAUGAGUUAAAUUCGUGUGGCCAAUUCUCAAUCUUGUUAUUGCUACCUGCAGGCAAAAUGAAUUUGUACACCUAAUAAAAAGUGUAAAUAGAGGUGUCGUGUGGCAGCUAUCGCGUUAACGAGUAAACGAAAAGUGGCAGGGUGGGGAAAACACCCUUUUAUGUAAAGAGCAAAAGGGGAAAAGGGAGAAAUAGAGACGGAAAAUAAGCCCGAAUGCGGGUGCGCAACUGCAUGCGCCGCUGCAGCGACGCCGUAGUACCGCAACCCGCCGUCCACCGUCCGUCGACGUCUCGGCGCCACAGUCUCUCUCUCCGCGUGUACGGAGCCGGCUGAAGCAUCGUUUAGCUCUUUCCUUUCUUCUUUUUCUCCUAAACGUGUCCACCUACCGCUUCGGCACGCUUCUGUAAAAUGGUACUCGCGGACACGAAUCUGCCGAAUCUUCGUCACGAGCAGCAGCAACAGCAGCAGCAACAUAGGUAUCGUUACGAGGGCGGUCGACAAUUCUCCCAGGAACGCGACACUCGGCAAUGCAGAACCGCUCGAAACGGAAAUCCCGAGGAGAUAUCCGUGUUAAAUUUAGUGGACGGGGAGAGCUUGAGCUACAGCUUGGCUCUAAUACGCGGACGCGCGCCGGCACCGUGCAGCUUCAUCACCGUCCGCAACCAGAAGAACCAAACCUCCGAAUGGCCGAUCGUGGCUGGCGAGUUUCGCGCCGUGGUCGAGCUGUCCCGUGGUCCAAACAAAUUGGAACUGGAGGCGGCUGGUCAAAGGAAAAAGCUGCUCCUCGUUCACGAGCCCAGAACCACUCGACUGCGGGUAACCCCGGUCUACGUGAUCUGCGCAGGACACGACGGGUACUUCCAAGGUCCCCGAGGUGAGGAUCGUUCGCCUGAAAGCGCGGCGACCAGGAUAGGACUCGGUGCUCGUCUCCUCCAGGCCCUCACCGCUGAAAAAUUGAGGGAAGCUGGGUAUGGAAGGAAGACGUUUCAAUUGGAACGGGACUUGGACGGCGCGGAAUGCUUGGUAAUGCACAGCAUGCUCGACGUCGACAGAGCUCGAGCGAUGAAUCAACGGGAACUCUGGGAAUUGAUCGCCAGGGAGCUGAUGACCGGUCCUUUAGCGUCGAAGGACCGCAAGUACCUCGCGUUUCUUUCCUGCACGAGGUACCGCGGGGCGCCGAAUCCUCGCACUCACGAGAAUACUUUGGCGAGGACGCAAGGACACGCGGCACUCGGGGGCGGAGGACUGGCGUUGUUUGGCUCGGCUUGUCUCCACACAUGGCCCACUUGCAUGGCUCAAGUGCUGCCUAGAUUCCUCGACGCGACCGCCGUCGACACGGAACAGCUGAUGGACGACAGCAAUUACCGUGGCACGCACGGUGGUUGCCUGGCUACCACUCUGGGCUCGGUUCUCCACGAACUGGGUCACACAUUCGAUCUAGGCCACACUCGCGAGGGGAUAAUGGGUCGCGGAUUCGACUACGUCGACCGAGUGUUCGUGGGAGCCUCUGGGAUCGACUUUAAUCGCAACCCCGUUUUGAGAAGAGAUCCGCAGCACACGACGGUCGCGUUGAGCAGACCGCUCAGCGUGACGGUCACGGUGCAACAACCGUUCCCCAUGUUGAACAGCCCUCGAAGGAGUCGCCUACAUUCCGAAACGUCGCGACCCUCGCCUUCCCAAAGCCCUCCUCGAUUACUCGGAAGAGUAUCGGCCCCUGCCAGUCCGGAACUUAACAGGUCUUUCACUAAAAGUCUUCUGCAAUCCGCAGCCGAACAAACUGCCUCCAAUUCACAGACGGACCGAACGUUUUGGACGCCUUCUUGCGCGGCGUUCCUCGCUUAUCAUCGGUGGUUCAACAGCGAGAUGGACAACAUUCCCACUAGACAUUACCAUGACAUCGAAUACGAUGGGAAAAGGAACGUCGUCAGGUCACGUUUCGGAGUACGAGUGAUAGAACUCAGGGAAACAUCGGGUGGAAUGGUAGUAGGCUCCCGACAAUUUCCAGGAUCUCGACCACCUUUGGAAGCGAUAGUUCCACCAGCACCACCUCACUGUCUCACCGCAUUGACACUCGUCUCCGAAGAUUCAGCGGGCAACGUGCUCAAAUACCCUCUUCCGACGGCAUUCUGA